GGGAGGGAGGGGUGGGCGCCCGAGCGCCACAAGAGUAUGACGGGGCUGUACGAGCUGGUGUGGCGGGUGCUACACGCGCUGCUCUGCCUGCACCGCACGCUCACCUCCUGGCUCCGCGUUCGGUUCGGCACCUGGAACUGGAUCUGGAGGCGCUGCUACCGUGCCGCCUCCGCCGCGGUCCUAGCGCCGCUCGGCUUUGCGCUCCACAAGCCCCCGGCAGUAGGCAGAAACCGCCGUCACCAUCGGCUCCCGCGCGGGGGGCCGGGUCCGGCCGCCGCCCACCCCCGGCUGCGCUGGCGCGCGGACGGCCGUUCCCUGGAGAAGCUACCUGUACAUAUGGGCCUGGUGAUCACCGCGGAGGAGCAGGAGCCCAGCUUCUCGGACAUCGCGAGCAUUGUGGUGUGGUGUAUGGCUGUGGGGAUCUCCUACAUUAGCGUCUACGACCACCAAGGUAUUUUCAAAAGAAAUAAUUCCAGAUUGAUGGAUGAAAUUUUAAAACAACAGCAGGAACUUCUGGGCCUAGAUUGUUCCAAAUACUCACUGGGGUUUGCAAAUAGUAAUGACAAAGAUGAUCAAGUUUUAAAUUGCCAUUUGGCAGUGAAGGUGCUGUCCCCAGAAGAUGGAAAAGCAGAUAUUGUGAGAGCUGCUCAGGACUUUUGCCAGUUAGUAGCCCAGCAGCAAAAGAGAUCUACAGAUUUGGAUGUAGAUACGUUAGACAGUUUACUUACUCUUUGCCUUCCCACCUAAACAUCAGUUAUGAGGACUUUUUCUCUGCCCUUCGUCAAUAUGCAGCCUGUGAACAGCGUCUGGGAAAGUAGUGAUCCCUGGUUGCAUAAUUUGAUUUCAGGCUUUUGGAGAAAAGGACCCAAGUGACUCUGAUGUUUACAAAGCACCUAUGAAACCCUGUGCACACCUAGUUCAUAUUCCUCAUAAUUUAUCAACAAACACAAAAAAGUGUCUUAC